AUGCGUCUGCGUCGCGUAUGCACAGUCUGUGCGCAGGAGAGCUCUGGGCACAAGGACGAGGGCCCCGCGGCGCUUGUCCCGACAGCUGAAGGCGACAUGCGCAGUGCACUGAGCAAUCUGAAGGCCGCUGCUGGUGGGCGCCGCUGUAUCAGCGACGAGAACGGAUGUCGCGUGGGCGAUGAACCGCAUCGAGCGGCUGUGAACGACCUGGUGACUUACUGUGAGCAAGCGCGACUCGCAGUGGUCGCAACGACAACAGGGUGA